AUGUAUUUUAUAGCUAUAGGCUGCCCACUGCCUGACCCCACCAGUGCCUACCAGAGGCUGCAGAAUGAGGUGACUCCCGUCCAGUACCUGGACUUCAGACAUCACAACUACUCAGACAUGGUCACGAUGAUGAAGUCUGUGUCUGAGGAGUGUCCCAACAUCACCAGUAUGUACAGCCUGGGUCGCAGCUCUAACGGACUGGACAUCCUGGCCAUGGUGAUAUCAGGCAACCCCACAGAACACGAGAUAGGUGAGCCGGAGUUCCGCUACACGGCCGGUCUCCAUGGAAACGAGGCGACGGGGCGGGAGAUGGUUCUUCUUCUGUUGCAGUACCUGUGUAAGGAGUACAAUGAUGGCAACCCCAGAGUGCGCCGCCUGGUGGAGGGAAUACGUAUCCACCUGGUGCCCUCACUCAACCCUGAUGGGCAGGAGAAGGCCCUCACAGUGGGUUCCGAGCUGAGUGGUUGGACAACAGGCCACUGGACGGAGGACGGCCAUGACAUCUUCCAGAACUUCCCUGACCUGAACAGUGUUUUGUGGGAGGCCGAGGACAAGGGCAUGGUGCCCAAACUGACCCCCAAUCACCAUGUCAAGAUCCCUGCAGAUCAAGAGGGGGAUGACAGGAUUGCUGUGGAGACUCGAGCCAUCAUCUUGUGGAUGGAGAGCCACCCAUUCGUACUGGGGGCCAACUUCCAGGGGGGAGAGAGGUUUGUGGCGUACCCCUACGACAAUCACCGCCUAACCAAGACCGCCGGCGCCAGCACCAGAGAGGGCAAGAGAGAGAGGGCACAGAGCCGCAAGAAGAGACAGUACGAGGAGUUUGAGGAGCCGGUGGAAGAUCAUAGAAACAGGGGAUACCAGCAGCCAGAAGAAGACCAGUGGAACAGGGGAUACCAGCAGCCGGAAGAGGACCAGUGGAACAGGGGAUACCAGCAGCCAGAAGAAGACCAGUGGAACAGGGGAUACCAGCAGCGAGAAGAAGACCAGUAUAACAGGAGAUACCAGCAGCCGGAGGAGGAGUGGAGGGGACAUGGCUAUGGCCACAGGGAAGAGGAAGAGGAGGAUGACAGAGGGAGAGGGGGGUACGCAGAGCCUGAGGAUGAACCCAGGGCCACAGCAGACGCCUCCUUUUUCAGGUGGUUGGCCAUCUCUUAUGCCUCUACUCACCUGUCGAUGACAUACACUUCCCACGGCACCUGUCACGGCGAUGACAUCACUGGAGGCAUUGGAAUCGUCAAUCGCGCCAAGUGGCAGCCCGUCACAGGAAGUAUGAAUGACUUCAGCUACCUGCACACUAACUGUCUGGAGCUGUCAGUGUUCCUGGGCUGUGAUAAGUUCCCCCAUCAGAGUGAGCUGGUCAUUGAGUGGGAGAAGAACAGAGAGGCCAUGCUCACCUUCAUGGAGCAGGUGCAGCGUGGGAUCAGGGGCGUGGUAAAAGACAAUGAGGGGAACCCCAUCGCUAAUGCUACAGUUUCUGUAGAGGGGGUCAACCAUGAUGUCUCUACAGCUGUAACAGGGGACUACUGGCGCUUGUUGAACCCAGGUGAGUACCGUGUGACGGUGCGGGCAGAAGGCUUCGCCCCCCUGACCAAGCUGUGUGUGGUGGGCUACGAGGCAGGGGCAACUACCUGCAGCUUUAACCUGGCCAAGUCCAACUGGGACCGCAUCAAACAAAUCAUGGCCCUGCACGGCAACAAGCCCAUACGCCUGCUCAGCCACGGCAACGGCGGAACAAUAUGGCACAUGGUCCCCAAUGGUAACAGGAAUAUGGAGUUUCACGGACAUGCACUCAUGGAUUCUACGACGCGUGACCAGAGAAGGAAAGAGCUAGGGCUCGACCGCCCCCGUCAUCUACGGCAACAGAGACUGAUGAGAUUGACAAAAACGUUGCCCCCGACGACCACGCCGGUUCCCACAACAACAGAGGCAGAGCCCACCACUGCUUGGUACGACUCGUGGUUCAUAGGAGAGGGGCAAAUGUCGGCACCGGAAAGUUUCACGGACUCCAUCUUGGAUUACAAAUACGAGUACAAGAUCGACGAUUACUAAACUAAACACCAAGGCCUUGUUCCAAUACAUUUACAAUACAUCCUUCCUCCCCACUUCCUUGAAGAAAUCAAGGUAGGAAGGGAGGAAGUAUGCAUUCUAAGGUAUUUGAACAGGACCGAUGUCAUAGUCCUGAGCCCAGGCUGUUAACUCAAUUCUUAGAGUAGACAACUAAGUGACCCCUUAAUGGCAUAUUUGGGAUUUUGGCAAUGAUGCCCUUUAUCUACUUCCCUAGAGUCAGAGGAACUCGUAGAUAUGAUUUUUAUGUCUCUGUGUCAAGUAUGAAGGAAGUUCGAGUUAGUUUUGCAAGCCAAUGCUAACUAGCAUUAACACAAUGACUAGAAAGAUGCUUGCAGAUACCCAUAGACUUCCAGUCAUUGCGCUAAAGCUAGUUAGCAAUUGCGCUAGCGCUAGUUAAGAACUUCCUUCAAACUGCACACAGAUACAUAAAAAAUGGUAUCCACGAGUUCAUCUGACUCUGUGGAAGUAGAUAAAUCCCAAAGUAUCCCUUUAAAGAACUGACAGGUAGGGGUAGGUUUAAGCAAAAUGCCUGAAACUCCAAUAACUCUGGUAGCCCCCCAGCCAUCCAUUCUUUCAGAUCAACAAAGGAGCUACAAGAAGUGUUUAGGUAUAUCUGCAAAAACUGAUUAAAGGAACAAUGCAGUGUUGAAUGCAAGAACAGUCAUGUACACAAGCUAAUGUCAGUGGUCUGUAUAACUGCUCGAGUAGGUCUUUUAAUACAACGUUAACACACACAAAAAUGUCAGUUUAGAGUAGAAAAAUAGAACCACUGAUAUCUGGAAAAUAAAUGUUAUACCAAUUCAAUUUAAAAAGUUGUUGCAAAGCUUUCCUAGAGAAUGUACUUCAGAGAUCAUGUAGAUGUGGUGGUUGCAGAUUACGCACUUGUUUUACUAUCGCCUCCACCCUUGAAGAGUCAAAACAAAGAAUCAAAGUUUCUGUUUUUCUUAUAAAAGUGUGGAUUAAUUUACAUUAUUUUCACACAUUGACAGCAAAGUCAUAAUAUCGACAUACAGUAACUUUACAAAAUGUUUGUUGAAUAGUAAGAGAGUAAUCAAAAGAGAUUUUCUUAAAUGUUCCUCAUAAUUUAGCUGAGGAAGAGGAAAGUUAUUUUUUCAAUUAAUAAAGGCUUGUUUACAUACA